GCUAGGUUGGGAGGAGGUUUAAUCGGCUGUAUCUAGUAGCAUACGCUGGGAAUUUUAUCCGGCCGUGACCUUAGGGCACGAUUUGCAUUACUGGCCCUGGUAUUAUUUGUGUUGCUGGUGAGGGCCUAGUGCCUGGUGUGUCGGUUGGCAUCUGCCCCCCCCCCUUGUCAUCAUGCCUCCAAAAAAAGGGGUAGGCAACAGCAAAGGCAAGCAGCCUGCUAAGCGCCCCAAAGUCAGUGGGCCUCCCCCUGAUUCGUCCUCUGAUGAGGAGGAUUCAGGGUCGCUCCGGCAGGAAAUUUUGGCCAAGUUGGCCUUAUUGGAACGGGCAAAAGGGGUUUCUUCUGGUCAGGUAGUUCCCGGCAGGGCCGGUAGGGCUUCUAAGAAGGUUUCCCGGGCCACUUUUCAGCGCGAUGUCCUCACGCGUCUUUCUGUUCUGGAAAGUUCUACAGGUGGUGAGAUGAGCGGUGCGGGCGUGCUUCAGGAAGAUCUGGACCGAGCUGGGCCUUCGGCACGGGCAGAGGAUGACACAGCCGAGGUGUCGGAGGUUCCUCCAGUAGCGGUGGCAGUGGAUCAGGUGGAGCCCGAGGGUGCUGUGGUUCGCCGUGGGAGGUGUCGGAUCCUCAUCUGCGGGCACAGCAUGGUCUUCUGGGCCGCCCAUCAGGCCAAGAGGACCCACCUCGGAUCCCAGCUUGGCCUCAGCCGUUGGGCCCAGAUCGAGUGGCAGGGCCGUCGGGGCCUGCGUUGGCCGGGCCUGUUGCCUCUCCUGUUUGAGGGAAGGUCUGCCCCUCCGCCUCAUUUUUUAGUUAUACAUUUAGGAGGUAAUGACUUAGGUUGGGUCAAGGGGAAGGCUCUUACGCUGCAAGCGCAAGCUGACCUUCGGUUUAUUUUGAGCCGGUGGCCGGGCGUUCUUAUUAUCUAUUCGGCCAUCCUCCCCCGGCGUGUAUGGAAGGAGGCUUUGGAUCAUGAUGCUGUCGAACGGACUAGGCGUAAGGCCAAUAAGGCCAUGUUUAAGGCUUUGGGUGAGGGCCUGGGGGUUUAUUUACCCCAUCCUCAAAUUAGGGACACGUACGCCGACCUCUUUAGGGGGGAUGGUGUUCACCUGUCCUUUAAAGGUAAUGAGAUCUUUCUUACGGAUUUGCGGCAAGGGUUGAGGUUGGCCCUGCAGGAGAUGUGGGGCAUUAGGGCCUAAGCAGAGGCUUGGCCCUAACGGUGGCAGGUUAGCUGGGGUAGGCAGAGCGGGCUGGUGAGCACCCGGUGGCACAUCCCCAUUGGUGGGGAAUGGGGGUCUGUCUCGGAUCGGCUGGCGGGCCUUACGGUUGCCAGCUGAGAGGGCAGACUGCCCUUGGGACCCCCCGGAAAAGGCAUUACCUCGGGCCUUACGGCUGGGGUGUAUGGCGCUUUAAAGGGGGGAACCAUUAGCCUGGUCGGCUGGGUUAUAGCCAUGCAGUGGAUGGCUUGCGCCUAGGGCAGGGGGUGCUCGCCCAUGCAGUACGAGGAGCUGGUCACAGUGACCCCCUUGCUCGAACUGUACCGCUAGUUUCACCCUUGCCGUUAGUUAAGUCCCAGUUCAAGUGUUCAGGUUGAAUUGGUCAAUAAAAGGCCCUGUUUCACCCAAGCCUUGUGUCCGUCUCUUCUUUCCGAAUAUGUGGGCAAAUAGGC